AUGGUUCUGCCGGUGCCGUUAUCAUCUCCCAAGAUGCCUCUUGAACGGGACAAUCAUGGUCAUUCUCGCUUUCGAGGCUGUUCGAACAUCCGGGAGUUUGAAUUUUUAGGUAAAUUAGGUGAAGGUACAUUCGGGGAAGUUUACAAGGCCCGAUCUAAAAGAGAUGGGUCUAUUGUUGCCCUUAAGAAGAUUUUGAUGCAUAAUGAAAAAGAUGGGUUCCCAAUCACUGCCUUACGCGAGAUUAAACUUCUCAAGAUGUUGUCUCAUCCAAACAUCUUGCGGCUACAAGAAAUGGCUGUCGAGAGAAGUAAGGGGGAGGGCAGGAAAAAGCCGAGCAUGUACAUGGUGACACCUUAUAUGGAACAUGACCUCUCUGGUCUUCUGGAAAAUCCCAAUGGACUAAUCAGAGUGAUAAAAGCUGCGAAUCUUCUUAUCAACAACAAGGGUAUUCUUCAAAUCGCUGAUUUUGGACUCGCCCGGUUAUACGACGAACCACCUCCACAACCUGGCAAAGGCGGCGGUGAAGCUAGAAGGGAUUAUACACCUUUGGUGGUAACCCGAUGGUACAGACCCCCGGAACUCCUGCUGCAACUACGGCGUUACACAACAGCUAUAGACAUGUGGGGUGUAGGCUGCGUCUUCGGCGAGAUGUUCAAAGGCAAACCUAUCCUAGCCGGUAACAGUGACCUCAACCAGGUGCAGUUAAUAUUCAACCUCGUUGGAGCUCCUACGGAAGAAAAUAUGCCUGGAUGGAGUUCGCUUCCAGGGUGUGAUGGUGUAAGAAAUUUCGGGUCUAAACCUGGAAAUUUAUCCCAGGUCUUCAAAGACCAAGGACCUCUCGCGAUAUCCCUGCUUGGCGAACUUCUCAAACUCGACUGGCGAAAGAGAAUUAAUGCCAUCGAUGCCUUAAAACACCCUUACUUCUCAAGUCCUCCGCUUCCAGCCCGGCCAGGGGAACUUCCUCACUUUGAAGAUUCACAUGAGUUCGAUAGACGACAAUUCCGUGGACAAAGAGCGGUUCCGCCUCCAGCUCCCCCGGGAGGACCUGCAGGACUAGAUCCAAACGGAGACUGGACGAUUAAUUCCGGUUCCCGGGCGGGCCCUGAACAGAGAGGUGCCCGCAUCCCGGGCGCUGCACGUGGACUACGUUCAAGUGCCAGUGGUAUUCCUGGGGGAUCUCGGCGACCUGCUGACAUGCGCGUUCCUGAGACUCAACAGGUGAGACAGGAUUCAGAUGAUUUGACUCAACAUGCUCCAGCCUGGCAUAGAGAUGGGUUGCCACCUAGGCCCCCGGUUUCUUCUCAACAGCCGUGGGCUGCAAAUCACACUUGGAGAAGCGACAAUCGUUAUGACCAACGAAGAGACAGGCAUCAAUCUUGGACCGGCCCCCGCGCCGAAGGAAAAAUGGAUACGUAUGUUUCCAGAUACGAUGGGCAAGACAAUCGAUCUCGGAUUCGGGAUGAUGACGCUGCAAAAUCCGAGAAUGACUGGCAUGAUGGUAGGCAAGACUCUUCACGGUAUACAAGCAGGAGAGAUCAUGCCCGUGAUCCAAUUUCUCGCAGACGUAGCCGUAGUCCACCUCCGAGAGAGAGAGGACGAGACGAAGAUCUAAAUUACCAGCUUUAUCGUCGUUGA